CCUUUCUUUCCUUCCUACCCUUCUCUAACACAGUCUCUCUCUCUCUCUCUCUCUCUACUGCUUCAACUAAAUUCUCACUCUUCUAAUCAAAGUUCCAUUUCAACUUUUUCUAUCUUCUUCUUCCUUUUUGUCUCUUUUUAACACAGACUCUGGUUUAACUUAUAUAUAUAUAUAUAUAUAUAUGGAGAGAGAAGUGUAUGCAUAUGCUUGUGUACAUGAGUGUAUCUGUAUGUGACUUUUUGUUUUUUAGAUCUUUAAGCGCAUUUUAUGGAUCUGCAACCCCACGCACGCGCAUUGUGUAGCUUUUCUCUCUCCUAGGGUUUACUUUUUUGCCGGUGAACGCUCAUUGCUGUUUACUAUCAGCUAUGCAAUCUUUCAAUGUGACUACAGAAUGCAAUGGAGUGGUUCGCCGGCGGUGCUGGAACCCUAGGAACUUCCGGUGGAUCUCUGACUUGGUUGCUGUUGAGCUUCAAGGUCUUGGUUUCUGACAAUGGUUGUUGUAGAUUCUGGUUUGCCUUGAGUGAAGAUGAAGAUGAAGAUGCUAUCCUUGAAGCUACUUCUUAUUUGCUUCCUUACCUUCGUUUUUACUUGUUUAGGGCACCAAUUUCAGCAUAUACACUUGUCUCCUUCUCUUCAGCCAGAUUUGCAAUUAUCUACAAAGGAAAUUUUGGUGGAACAUGCAAGGUUGGGUUCAAGGAGUUAUCCGUUUGCUCGAUCGCAGCCACCUCAAUUGCACAUGGUUAAGCCUUCUGUUUCACCUGCACUUGCUCCAUCCCAUCAAGCAUUUGCUUCUGGUCCUAAUGGGGCUCCUUUACCAAGAAGGCAUGGUCAUCAUCAUCACAGUAACCAUGUGAAACCUCUUGUGUUUGCUCCAUCCCCUUCUGAAGACCAAAGUUGUGAUCAAGUUUGCACUGAGCCACUUACAGCAACUCCUUAUGGUUCACCUUGUGGUUGUGUUUUUCCUAUGAAAAUCAGACUUCUUUUAGAUGUGGCUCCUUAUUCUAUUUUUCCUGUAUUGGGUCAGCUAGAGAUUGAGGUUGCUGCAGGCACAUAUUUGGAGCAAAGUCAAGUGAAAAUAAUGGGUGCAAGUGCUGAUAGUCAAAAUCAGGGAAAAACUGUAGUGGAUAUUAAUUUGGUUCCAUUGGGAGAGAAAUUUGAUAAUACCACUGCAAUACUGACAUAUGAUAGAUUUUGGCAUAAGAAGGUGCCUAUAAAUAAGACUCUUUUUGGCGAUUAUGAAGUGAUGUCCAUUACUUAUCCAGAGCGUGCAUCAGGGCUUCCUUCUUCACCACCGUACCCAGAUUACAUGGGGAGUGGUCCAAGUGGUAGCUCUGGAAAUCUUCCAAUUACUGCAAAUUUUGUUAGCAAGAACCAGAAGAUGAAUCUUAGAACCAUUGCCAUCAUUGCUUUAUCUGCAUUUGUUGUCUUACUGGUGUUCACUGCAACAAUCUUCAUUUUUAUAAGAUGGAGAAAGUUUGGAAGACCAUCAAAUGCUGUUGGUCCUGCAUUUACAUCAUCCAUAAACAAAAGAUCUGGCAUUGGGUCUUUCUUGUCAAGUAGCAUUGCGAGCUCCGCAUCAAUGUCCCUCAUGUCAACGAUGGCUACUUGUAUGCUUUCUGUUAAAACAUUUCCAUAUGCUGUGCUUGAGAAAGCAACGGAGAAGUUCAGUUCAAAGAGGAUUUUGGGUGAAGGGGGAUUUGGCCGUGUUUACCAUGGGACUAUGGAAGAUGGGAGUGAGGUUGCAGUUAAACUGCUUACAAGGGACAAUCAGAAUGGAGACCGUGAAUUUAUUGCGGAAGUUGAGAUGUUGAGUCGAUUGCAUCACUGUAAUCUCGUGAAACUGAUUGGUAUAUGCAUAGAAGGACGCAUUCGAUGUUUGGUUUAUGAACUUGUUAGAAAUGGCAGUGUCGAAUCCCACUUGCAUGGCCCUGACAAAAGAAAAGGACCUCUUGAUUGGGAUGCACGGUUGAAAAUUGCCCUUGGAGCAGCCAGAGGAUUGGCCUAUCUUCAUGAAGAUUCUAAUCCCCGUGUAAUUCACCGUGAUUUCAAGGCUAGUAAUGUUUUACUAGAAGAGGACUUCACACCCAAGGUGUCUGAUUUUGGGCUUGCAAGAGAAGCAACUGAAGGAAGUAAUCAUAUAUCUACUAGGGUCAUGGGGACUUUUGGGUAUGUUGCACCUGAAUAUGCAAUGACAGGACAUUUGCUUGUCAAAAGUGAUGUUUACAGUUAUGGGGUUGUGUUGCUUGAGCUUCUGUCUGGAAGAAAACCUGUAGACAUGUCCCAACCUCCGGGACAGGAAAAUUUAGUAACAUGGGCACGCCCAUUGCUAACCACUAGAGAAGGAUUGGAACAGUUGUUGGAUCCUUCUUUGGCAGGAACUUAUGACUUUGAUGACAUGGCUAAGGUGGCAGCCAUUGCAUCUAUGUGUGUUCACCCGGAGGUGACUAACAGACCAUUCAUGGGUGAAGUAGUUCAGGCUCUAAAACUAAUAUACAAUGACAUGGACGAGACUUGCGGGGACGUCUGUAGUCAAAAGGGAUCUUCUGCUAUGGAUUCUGACAUUAAAGGCGAUCUUGCUCCUUCUGAUAGUAGUUGGUGGAAUGCUGGUGGUAUCUCACCUCGGCUAACUUAUGGGCAAGCCUCUUCAUUCAUUACAAUGGACUACAGUUCAGGUCCACUUGAAGAAAUGGAAAAUAGACCAUUUUCAGCUUCAAGUUUGGUCGGGGAUCGGUUGUCUUUAGCUAUUAGGCAGGGAAACAGAUCAGGUCCUUUAAGAACAGUGCGAAGUAAACCAGCAUUUUAUAGAUUAAGAGGAAGUAUGAGUGAGCAUGGGGGGCUCCUUUCGAGGCGAAUUUGGAACGAUGGAUAUUGGGUGUGAGAUCUGUUUUGAAAGUGGUUUCCAAGUGUACAGUUCCAAAGGACUCGGCUUUUCUAAGCGGUCUUGAUUGAUGUUCGUUUACAUGUUCGGGAUUCUAUCUGGGUUUACAUGUUUGCAAAGACAUAUACUUCUGAUUUUGGAAAAAGGAAAAAAAUCUUGAUUCAUUGUUACACAAGGUUGGAGAUGUAAGCUUAACACUCCUUUGUAUUAUAUAUCUAUUUAAUUGUUUCUUAUGGUAUGCUUUCUGCUGUUAUAUCAAACUUUAUAGUUAUCAUUGGCCCACCUUACUAAGGUGGAAAUUAAUUUUAAUUGU